GACGCUGUGUUGUCUGUUCGGUCUAGUUUCCUGGUCAGUUUGACUGCUUCUGUAAAUAGUGUGGUGACAAGUCAAUCACAGUGUCUCUGUGACUACAGGAUCAAACUGAAUCGGGAAGAAACUCUGAGAGGAAGAAAAUCACAAAGAAAUGGCAGAAGCCCGUAAAGACUUGAUGAUCGCAUUACUCGGCCCAGUUGGAUCAGGAAAGAGUUCAGUUGGAAACAACAUCCUGGGCAGAAACUGGUUUAGAGCGAAUUUCUCUCCACGUGCUGUCACUCAAACCUGUGAAUGGAAAAAAGGGGCCGUGAAUGACAAGACCAUCACGAUCAUUGACACUCCAGGACUGUUCGGCACAUCAAAACAAGCUGAGAUAAAGGAAAUGAUGAACUGUGCUCACAUGUCUUCUCCUGGUGUUAACACCUUUCUGUUGGUCAUCAAACUUGGUGUUAGAUUCACUGAGGAGGAGAAGAAUAUUAUGGAACGGAUUGAGCAUUAUUUUGGGGACGAUGCUGCACGCUACACCAUCAUUCUCUUCACUCAUACUGACCAACUGAAUGGUGAACUUUUAGAAGAAUAUAUCUGGGCUAGUACUGAUCUUCAGAAACUUAUUCACAGAUGUGGGGGCAGAUAUCAUUCGUUCAAUAAUAUGGACAGAAACAACAGAGAUCAGGUCGACAAGCUGCUGCAGCAGAUAGAUCAAAUGGUAGAGAGCAUUGGGGGGUCUCACUCUACUGUUCAUAGAUUUAGAACAGCACAGAUAACUAGACAAGAGGAAGAGUUCUCUUUUAUAAUAAAAUGUGUAUUGGGAUGUGCUGUACUAAUAGUCAUUAUUGCUUCCAUUUUCUUCAUGGGUAAAGCACAGUGAGGUUACCCCAAAUGUUAACCUCAGUAUGACUCAUAGAAAUACAUAUGAUACAAAAGUAAUAUUUUUGUUUAUUUGCUGUUCAACACAGCAACAAGAGAUUGUAAGCUAUUGAAUGGGAUAAAAUUUUAUUUUGUCCUAAAUGCAAUAAAUCUGUCAUCUAAAAUGUGUUUCAUAUCAGCUAAUCUUGACAUCAAACAGUUACUGGAAUUGUGGGUAUAUGACAUAGAGCAUUGUUUGUGAAUAAACACACAUAACAUAGUAUUUGAGUGAAUAUUAGAAACUUUGAGUAUAUAGAUUCCCCAGCGGCACGGGUCAAGUUGUAACAAUAAUUGCAGGGGGGAUGGUGUGUGUGUAUGACUCUCAACAAUGUUGACAAUCCUCAAAACAAAGCUACAUGCAUUGAGGUUUAUCUGAAUUAGUUUGAUGAUUGUCACCAUUGAUGAGUUUUUAUGAUGAGUGUUGAUGUCUAAGUGUGUCAGUCAAAAAAUGAAGUUUCUGCAUUAAUAUUGCAUGAAGGGUUUAUUAGGAGUAUUUAGCCAACUUAUUUUAUUUUUAAAGCGUUUUUAAAUAGUUUACAUUUUUUUAAGAAAUGAAUAUCGCAUUUUCUUACUAUAGUCAUCAGGGUUAAAGUUGCUAGACAUUUGCAAGAUUAUACCUCCCCUUCUUAAGGUUAAGACCGUGAAUUGAAUUCAGCAUUCUGUCCUCUGUAUUGUCCUAACCUGUGUACUUUUGUUAACAAAAUGUGUAAAAACUGCAUCAGAGAGAAUGCAUUUAAAAGACUUUUAACUAUUUGUUUACUUGAUGUUUGUUCUUGGUUGUUUUGCAGUUUAAAAAGGAUGAUGUACUAUUGACAAAUGAAUCAUAAGUAAACAAUUUGUCUUAUUGAUGUUUUUUCC